AGACUGUUGAAGCACAAGCCGUGGGAUCCUAUUCAGUGCAGGCAUCGGGCUUCAAAAUAAUAUCACUGCAUCCUAAUAUUAAAAGCACCUAUGGUGCUAUUCUAAAACCAUGAACGCUAAACGGAAGAUCCCCGAGCAGUUUCUCAAUCUGAGCCUCUUUUUUCUGUGAAGAGCAUCAGAUACCAAGUGAAUCCAAGAGAGAGCACCACGCAAGCGCGUAAAGAACAGAUUGGACACCUGAUUUUGUGGGGUGUUUUUAGGGCGCUAUUUCAUAUUUUAACUCAAACUAUCCGCGUUUUUUGACGGCCUUCGCAGUGCCGUGGGCCAGAUACCGUGGAUUAUUAUCAGCAUGGACAAAUGGGGAAAAGAGGACAGAUCACUGCGUUGACUUUUGAGGCAACGCGCAGAGUCUUGACGCUAUAGCGUUACGCAUUUAUUUUACUGUGAGCGCUUUCCCCCCUGUUUGAAUCACACUCGCUGCUGCAUCUCAACAUUAUAAAAGUCAAAUAUCUGUGGAUAAGGAACAGAGCAGGGUGUUGUCAGAGAGGGAUGAGAGGAGGAGGGGGCAGUAUGAGGUGUGCUUUUUUUGGAAAAGCCGGAGAAAGACGGACACCGAGAAGGUGUACUGAUGUGCGAAAGCCUGCGACGCGUUACCCUCCUGAGAAAUAAUUGCGAUCAGGGAAGAAAUGGCCUAGUUAAAACAUCAUCGACACACCGGCAGAGGAUAGAAAAGAAGAAUCGUGUUUAGAUGGACGGGCCAUCAUCAUCGUCAUCAUCAUAAUUCCAGUGCUUGCAUCGAGUCUUUUAGGUGUAAUUGGCUCCCUGACUGCAGCUCUGGACCCAUCAGGAGUUCCAAAGAGGAAGACGAAUGAGACCACAGAGUCUACCUGAGAAUGCUACGUGUCCCCCAGCCUCACCAUGUCACCCUAGGAAAAUUGUUAACCUGUCCCCGUCCACAAAUCCUCUUUUUGCCUUUGUUAUUUCCCAUAACCCUCUGAGUUUGUGAUCCCUCUCUACACCCAUCUAAAGUCCUAGUGAUAUGACUAAAAGAGCCUUUAUUUUGGACAUGUUGUUUUUUCCUCUCAAUGCUGCCAGCCACCAAGGCUAUGGUGGGAAGCGCCAUUAUACUUCUCAGCAGGUUGCUCAUCAUUGUCUGCUGUGGCUCUUGGGACUAGUGCUACACCUCACCCUUUCCUCGUGUCAACGGGUUGACCUGAAACACCCCAUAGUGUCCACUGGCUAUGGAAAGAUACGUGGCAUCAGGAAGGAGCUCAACAAUGAGAUCUUGGGCCCCGUGGAACAGUUCUUAGGUGUGCCAUACGCCACCGCACCUAUCGGCGAGCGCCGCUUCCAGCCUCCUGAAGCUCCAGGCUCCUGGCAAGAGAUUCGCAACGCCACGCAUUUUGCGCCAGUAUGUCCCCAGAAUGUCCAUGGGGUUUUACCUGAGAUUAUGCUACCAGUGUGGUUCACAGACAACCUGGAUGCUGCAGCGACCUAUGUUCAGAACCAGAGUGAGGACUGCCUUUACCUCAACAUCUAUGUACCCACUGAAGAUGGUCCGCUCACAAAAAAACAUGAUGAGUCUACAAUGAACAGACCACGGGAUGAAGAUAUUCGGGAUCGCCGUAAGAAGCCAGUGAUGCUGUUCAUCCAUGGAGGCUCCUACAUGGAGGGCUCAGGCAACAUGUUUGAUGGCAGUGUUCUUGCUGCCUAUGGAAAUGUCAUUGUGGUCACCAUGAACUAUCGGCUUGGUGUGCUCGGGUUUCUGAGCACAGGGGACCAGUCUGCUAAGGGGAACUAUGGCUUGUUGGAUCAGAUCCAGGCCCUGCGCUGGCUCACUGAAAACAUUGGCCACUUUGGAGGAGACCCAGAGAGAAUCACCAUCUUUGGCUCGGGAGCUGGUGCCGCCUGUGUGAACCUUCUCAUCCUCUCCCACCACUCCGAGGGUCUGUUCCAGAGGGCCAUCGCUCAGAGUGGCUCAGCCAUCUCCAGCUGGGCAGUCAACUACCGGCCCAUGAUGUACACCAAGAUCCUGGCCAAGAAGGUUGGCUGCACUCUGGGGGACAUGGCUGAGUUGGUGGACUGCCUGAGGAGGAAGAGCUUCCGGGAGCUAGUGGACCAAGACAUCCAGCCUGCACGCUACCACAUCGCCUUCGGACCGGUGGUAGAUGGGGACGUGGUGCCCGAUGACCCAGAGAUCCUCAUGCAGCAGGGCGAGUUCCUGAACUACGACAUAUUGCUGGGAGUCAACCAGGGAGAGGGCCUGAAGUUUGUGGAUGACAGCGAAGGAGAAGAUGGAAUAUCAGCAGCAUCGUUUGACUACACCAUCUCCAACUUUGUAGACAAUCUGUACGGAUACCCUGAUGGUAAAGACAUCUUGAGGGAAACCAUAAAGUUCAUGUACACGGACUGGGCUGACAGGGACAACAGUGACAUGCGGCGGAAGACCCUCCUGGCUCUGUUCACGGACCAUCAGUGGGUGGCCCCGGCUGUCGCCACUGCCAAACUGCACGCUGAGUUCCAGUCGCCUGUCUAUUUCUACACCUUCCACCACCACUGUCAGACCGAGGCGAGGCCAGACUGGGCAGACGCAGCCCAUGGAGAUGAAAUCCCCUAUGUGUUUGGGAUUCCCAUGGUGGGGGCCACUGACCUCUUCCCCUGUAACUUCUCCAAGAACGAUGUCAUGCUCAGUGCUGUGGUCAUGACAUACUGGACCAACUUUGCCAAGACAGGGGAUCCUAACCUACCAGUUCCUCAGGACACCACUUUCAUCCACACCAAGCCCAACCGCUUUGAAGAGGUCAUCUGGACCAAGUUCAGCUCCAAAGACAAGCAGUACUUGCAUAUCGGCCUGAAGCCUCGAGUCAGAGACAACUACCGGGCCAACAAGGUGGCCUUCUGGCUGGAGCUUGUGCCACAUCUCCACAGCCUCCACAAGGAAAUCAUUAACUCCAUCACAACCCGACUGCCGCCUGGAGGCCCCAACCGCUGGAAGGGCCCUCCCAGCUCUGGCACCCGCUCCACAACACGCCACCCUAUAAUCUCCACCUAUCCACCUGAGCCCGAGCACGAUAGUUCAGAGAGGCCUCGCUUUUCUCCCUUCCCCGAUGAGACGAGGGACUACUCCACCGAGCUGAGCGUGACAGUAGCUGUGGGCGCCUCGCUUCUUUUCCUCAACGUGCUGGCCUUUGCCGCGCUUUACUACAAACGGGAUAAGCGUCACGAACUCAUGCAGAGACGCCACCGCCGACUGUCCCCGCAGCGCGUCACGACGAUGGGCAUGGGUGUAGGCAUGGGAGUGGUAGGGGCCCCACCGCACAACGACCUGGCGCUGAGUCAGGAGGAGGAGCUAAUGUCGCUGCAGAUGAAGCAGCAAAGAGUGGAGCUGGAGCACGGCACACCCCUCCCGUCCCGUGGCGUCCAUGGCGACCUGGAGCCUCUGCGUCCUCCCGUGUGCCCACCUGACUACACGCUGGCCCUGCGGCGGGCACCGGAGGAUGUGCCCCUGAUGACAGCCAAUACCAUCACCAUGAUCCCCAGCACCAUCAGCAGCAUGCAGCCCCUCCACCCUUUCAACACUUAUCCCCCUGUACCGGCCCCCUCCACUACACCUGUCCCCAGCCACAGCAACAAUGCCCUGCCACACCAACACUCCACCACCCGUGUAUAGGACCAGGCACAACCUCUGCUACCCCACUCUGGGCUUACAGAGACGCACCACACAAACUGCUCCAUACAAACUCCACUGUCACCACCCUCUAUUCUUCUUUACUAUAUCUUUGUCUUUUCUCAUUAAGCCCUCGAAUAAAGCUGCAGUUUGUAAGAUUUUAAGCAGUGAAAUACCUCUAAAAUGUAAUCAUAAAUCACAGGAGAGUUGAUUAGGAAACUCCUUUGCCAAAACCCUGUCAUCAUAGUAGAGCCCGACUGAUGUGAUAUUUUUAAGACCGAUACCGAUUUUAGAGGGAAAUAAUUCAGGCGACAACAGGCGAUAUAGUGUAUUUUUGAGCUGGAAUGAAAAUAUACCCUUUCUAUGUGGACCGUGCACCGAUUUUGCACCAAUAUGACUAUGCAAAGGUACUCAGAAGGAUGCUUUCUUAAGCGAAUAACUUUGUUAAAUAUAUUUAACAUUAUUAAACAUGAUUAUAUAUUAUACUUACAAUUUAUUACAUUGUCAAACAAUUCUAUAAAUUAAUUCAGGAAAAUAAAGAAAAAUAUAAAUACAAUAAAUAGUUUUAAAAAAAUUGCUACUAUAUGUGGAGUAUCAGUCGAUUCCUGACAUUUAAAUAAAGAAUAAAUAAAAAUAAAAUAAAUAUCAAAAUAGUGUUUGUUCAGUAUCGGUUUAUUGCUGCCAAUUUACAUAAAGAAUUAAUAAAAAUAAAAUAUAUAGCUAACACAAUUUCUAAAUCACCCCAAACUUAGUUUUCUGCAUUUUUUUGUUCUGUAAAACAGGUUUUCAUAUUGGCAGAAAUAUGUCGGAAAACUAAAACGCCAAGAGUGAUAUGGCUGUGAUAGGUCAAUAUCGGCCAAUACAUCGGCCAACCGAUAAAUCGAUCGGGCUCUACAUCAUAGGAACAUACCGCUUUGCCCUGUUAAAGCUCUUUCAGUAUUUCAUGUUUAGGCCUCCAAACGCAGCUUUAACCUUGUAGCUCUGUCUUUUAAAGAGCUAUUGAGCUAAUCAAAAUCAGUCAGAUAUUUUAAGUGUAGCUUGGUUGUUUUGCGCAUGUGUUGUUGUGUCAGUGUAAAACUAUGUUUGACAUAGAAUACAUAUAUUCAUUUUCAUCCAUUUAGCGAAAAGAUAAUACAGUAGUGAGCAGCUUUGAACGAGGCAACAUAUGCCCCGACAAGCUGUCUGUCAUAAAGCGGUGAUUUCUUGAAACUUACAAAUUGCAGCUUUAAAGGCCCAAUCUGGAAGUGAAAUUUGGCACCCUGUGUUGAGCACUAUGUCCCAACAGCUGUCUCUGUGUUCUGAUUUUGGAGACUUUUGUUAAGUGUGAAAUGUAUUGACAGCACCAGAAGUACAAGGACAAGUCAUUUGACAUUAAAGCAUGACUUUUUCAUAGAUUUUAAAACUUUAUUUCUUCCGUUCUACAAAUUUAUGUACCUUGUUUUAAUUUGCAGUGUGACCCUUUCUGUCAUGUAAGUUUUUUAAAAAUCUGUAUACUCACAAAUGCUGCUUUCAAAACAUUUCCAGAUUGGGGCUUCAACUGUUGGGCGGUAUAGGAAAUAACUGAAUCAUACUCAGUCUGUGGGAUGCAACCUGGAAUCCAGGCUGCCCAUUAGAACUCGCUGCAUCUCUGCUCUAAUCAUGUCCAGUACUUUAUUUGUUUUUCACUCAUUAUCUCUCUGUCUGUAUCCCCAUCUCAGCCCAUUUAACUGCUUCUCUUUUCGCUGCAUCACUCUCUCUCUCUUUCUCUCUCUCUCUCUCUCUCUCUCUCUCUCUCUCUCUCUCUCUCUCUCUGCAUCUGCCCUUGUAGCUCUUUUUAUUAAACCAUUGACAUAAUCCAUUUCCAUCUCCACUUCUCUCCUCUUUCUCGCAAUCACUUCUAGACUCUUUUUUCCUUUUGGAGUCUUUUAUACAAAAACACAAAUGUAAAUGAUGUAUUAUUAAUAAAUUGUAAGGAUAUGAAUGAAAAAAAAAAGAUAUUCUGAUAUCUCGUUUUUACCAGCAUUCUUGGUGCCAAGUACUGUGAUAAAGUUCCUCUUUCACUGGCGUCCAGUGGACCGCCUGGAGAGGUCCAUCCUGACUGUAUCUUACAAAAGGAAUUACCAUCAUAAAAAGUGCCAACCCCUUCAUCUUUCUUUUUGAUCCACACACUUUUGUUUUUUUAAUUACACUCAAUGUUGCACUGUGGCUGGUCUCUACUUUAAAGGGAAAUCAGAUUCAAUAUAUCCUCGUUUAAAAAAAAAAAAAAAAAAGAAUAUAACGUUUUAUUAACUACUUUGCUGUCUGGGAUAUUUGCAUGAUGUUUUUAUUUUAUUUUAUAAAGAGUGUGGACAGAGAAGUUUGUUUGUCAUUUUGAUGAUUUGCCUUGUUCUUCAUUGUUUUUUUUAUUUUGAAAAUCAUUUUCAUUUUCUAUUUUAAUAUCAGCUGCACUUUGUGGUACUUCAAAAAGGUAUUAAAGUAUUAAGAGAUGAAUAUUGUGUAAAACUAUGAUUAUAACAAAGAGAGUAAAUAUUUCCUCUUUAUUUUUUUCAUUUCCUAACACUAAGGCUGUGCCGCAAAACUACCAGAAAGACUGAUGAAAGCCUUUUCUUUCCUCCCUUUUGCUCUGUUUCUCUUUAUCUUUUGCAACUGUCAAGUUUGCAGUCACUGUCUCUCAAUCUCACCUGAAGAUAGCACUUUUUUAAGUUUCGAAAAAAAAAAGAAAAGAAACAACUUCUUUACAUGAAUAGUCUAAAUAAGGUUUUUGUCUGUGACUGACAUUAACCACAUGCUUCAAAGACUGCCUGACAGUUAUCUUUUCGUCUGCUCUUUUGUUGUUUCAUGAUUCUCCCCUCUGCAAGACGGGAGAAAAGGAUAAGAUAUAUUUAUGUCGGUCAAAAGGUGAGAAAGCCUUGUACGCGCGUUUCACAUCUUUCGCACAACAAGAGGCGGGUCACACUCUGGACAAUUCUGAAAAAAAAACUAACCCAGUGACAUUAGGACAACACUGGACAAAUGCUGGCAGUGAUUCACUGGUGAUGACGAUAUAGCUCGUCAGCUACGGUGAUCUGUCAAUGCACAGAGGAUCCAUUCGAAAAACCUGAUUUUAAAAAAAAUCUUUAAUGACAGACAUUACUCAUACACCAUAUACCACAAGAGCAAGGCGGGCGGGAUUUACUCCCCCCUGCUUGUUAUGUUCUGUAUCCUGUCUACUUAGGAUAACAACACUCUGGAGCCAGACUGCCAUCCCUCACACUGGACUGGAGCGAGCUACGAGGACAAAAGAACAAACACAUGAAACAAACUGUACAUUUUUUAAGUGUAAGAGAACAAACUGGAAUUUGUAAAUAUUAUGUUUGUCGUUUGGUUUGAGUGAUUGGCCGGAUCUUUUCUUUGUGACAACAGGUGCAAGUUUAGAUGACUUACAUGAUUUAAGCACUCAUUUUUGGAUUCUCCUUUAUUUCCUAGAUCUCAAGGGCAAAUUCCAAUAGGUUAUGGGCACAUGAAUACAUCUGUUAACAUACCUGUGUAAUUAAAAAAGAAUCACAGCAUGGUUGAGGUCAACAUAAACACGAAAAGGAAUGCUUAUAGCUCAGGUUAGCCUAGAUAUUGUGGUGAUAAAAAUGCUCUUACUGCAUACAUGGCUGUCUAAAGCAUAACGUACGCACCUGGCAAUAUCCCAUCGAUCAUGAAGGCAGCUUUUGAGUGAAAUGAGUCCUUUAAUUGGUUAAAAAAAAAGCCAAAGAACAGCUGCAGAGAACAGAUUAAGGAAGGGAAAACAUGGAUGUUUCGAGAAACGAAGCAGAAAAAUUAGAUGGGGCGGAUGUUUUAAAUGUGCUCAAAACAAACCACAAAUCAAGGAAUUUUACUUGUGAUGCUGUUGGAUUUAAUUGUUAGUGUCUCACAUUGUCUUGAGCAUUGUCAUGCAGUAUAACCUGUAAUUGGGAGGUUGGGAAAUUCCUUUGUACUCUUUUGGUCUUAUUUCAGACUCUAAUCAUGGUGGUUGUUUUGCUACCUUUUGCAAUUUUGUCUGCACAUUCUGUUUAUGGGAUUAUUGACCCAGCUGUUUGAUGUGAGUUUGAGUUGCCCACGCUUCCAAAAACAGCAUUUUUUCUUAACAAGCGUUUGGACAGCCAACAGAUAAUGGAAGCACA